AGGUAAGGUGCACAGGAGUUUGAUUGAUUUCUCUUUUUACCUUGUCUCCCUGCAUCAGCUGCUUAAAUUUUUCCCAAGUCCAGAAAAGAACAAUGGCUAAAGUUACAUAUUUCAUCAGUGCACCUAGUAGUGUCGAGAAAGUAGCUGAACAAUUCAGGAGAAAACUCAAACAGAAGAAAAAUCAAUACCGUCACCUUCAAAAGCUGAAAACGGUGCACAGAAUAGAGGAAUGUAAAUUUGUUUUAGUUUUCUUUCCAGUUAUUUAUGGCACUGGAACUGAUAUUGAAGCAACUCUAAAUGAAGUAGAAAAAUAUUUUAAGGAUAAGCCAGUCAUUUUAGUAGCCCUUCAUCACACAUUUGAUCCAGAGAAGGUGGUGUCAGGCAGCAGUAAAUUUGUUGAAAGGGACAAUACACUUACUCUGGACUGUCUGUUCUAUGAAGAUACAGGAUUACUGCAGUGCGAAAGGAAUUCUACAGCUUUGAAAGAUGCUGCAGGUUGGAUAAAAUCAAACAUGCAAAGAUUGUAG